CCAGUCGUCAGUUGUUGGUGCGAGUUAGUCGGUGAUGGUGCGGCGGCCUUAGAGCGAGUGUUUCUGUGUGUUUUUGUGCGCCGAGAGAAAUUAAGAAUUAAAAGCGCCCUUUCGUUAUCUGAUGCGCGAAAAGCAGCAGCCGCCACCACAACAACCGCAACCUCGCUCCGGCCGAUCGGGGGCGGCGCUGGUCAACCUGCCCCCACCGCCCCCGCUGCCCAACCGAGAAAUGCUGCUGCAGCCGCCUCCGGGCGGGGGCAGGCCGCCUCCGGCUCCUUCAGGGGCCCGAGGCAUCCUGAACUCGUACUUUCGCGAAGAGCAGAGCAGGCGGCCGCAGCAGCAACGGCCUCCGACCGCCUCCUCCGCCGCCUCCACCUGGCGGUAUUCCGGGGCUGAUAAGCAGUCGGCGGAGGGGGAGGGUCAGCUCUCAAGUGGCGGCGAACUGGACGAGGAGGAGGACGACGAUGAGGAAGAAGAGUCUACGCUCAAGGACCGCGGCGUCGCGAGUUGCUCGUCAAACCGCCGCCCGGACAAGUCGGCCCGGCAUGCCCACCACCACCACCAGCACCAGCAGCAACACUAUCCGGCUUCCGACGACGAAACCGACGAGGAACUGUCCAGCUCAGCCGAACUGAGUUCCUCGUCCAGCCGGGGCGGUGCUCCCCGCAGGAGACACUUUGUGCCCUCGGCGCCCCGGCCGGCGCAUGCCACCAGGGCCAGUGCCACAGAAGACCUGACGACGACGGGUUGCGAAGAGGACUUUCAGUGGCUGCAACACCAACAGCAGCAACACGCCCUCCGCCACCACCAAGAGCAAAAUCUGAUGAUGCAGGAGUCGGUCAACAGUCUGCACGACUCAAACAUGCAGGACUCGAUGCACAGCUCGGUCAGCAUGCAGGAGUCGGUGCACUCGAUGAACAGCUCCCACGGCAGCCAGAAGGGUGCUUCGAGAAGGGAAUCGGGCGAAUCUGGUGGUCACCACCACGAAAACGGUGGUGGCUCGGCCACUGGUCGCUCCAGGGGAGAAGUCAGACACAGGUCAAAGCGUCACCUGAAAUCAACCCAAGAGAAAAUCAGCAGUCUGGAAAGAGCGCGUCACCGGAUGAAAAGCGCCCCACCAGGCGAGUGUUACGAAAACGAGCACAACUCCUCGAUGGCUUGUUGCCCUUUCGAGGAGCAUCUGCACCACAUGUGCAGAGCGUCGCUCACCAUGCCGUCGCCGGCACAUCACAGGUACAGCUACCACGGGCCCUGUGGCUGCAGCACGGCUCACCUCGCUGAUCCGCCUCCGCCCUACGACUACUUCCGUUGGAGAUAUUUCAUGAAGAGUCCCAUCGGCGACGUGGAGGAGCGGAUGCAGCGGUUGGAAAACGAAAAGGACUCCCUGCGUCUGCAAGUGUCUGUCUUGUCAGAGCAGGUUGAGGCGCAGUCGGAAAAAAUGGCCGAUCUCGAACGACAACUGUGCGAAAAGAAGCGAGAACUUAGUAAAGCCCAAGAAAUGCUGCAGCUGGAAAUGCUCUCCAGAUCAUCUCUGGAGACCCAAAAGCUGGAGCUGAUGGCCAACGUUGCCGACAUGAAGAGACGCCAGGCCCUUAUGGAGAGGCAGCAUCUCGAAAUUCAGGAAAGAGCUCAAAGAUCUGAGGCUGAACUGUCAAAUAUGCUCAUGCAGGUGUCCGAAGAAAGGCGCCGACUCAGGGAAAAGCCACCAGUGGCUCCAAAACCAAUGGGCCCCAUGCUGGUCAGCUCCACGCCAUACAACUCAAUGACCUCAGGAGAAUCUCCGAGCAAAUUCUCGAGAGGCACUUCACCCUCUCCAAGUCUUGGCUCAUCCAUCCACAAUAGCAUUGCCAGUCCACUGAGACGAUCAGCCUCGGCCACUGCCGAAACUUCCCUGGACGACCAUCCCCCGCCGCCAAAAACCCCUCCCUCAAGUGCCCGUUUCAGAGUGGACCAACAACAGCAGCACUGCGGCACAAUGCCUCGCACCCGGGACGCCGCUGGCCUGAGUUCACCUGACCUGGACGCAUUCAGGCCCUCCCAACGCAAAACCACCACGGUUGCCUUCGGUAAAUCGUUUAUGUCGUUUCGCACAACGUCAAGCACAGUGACCAACAGUCGGAGCAGUUCCGCUCCCAACUUAGCCGAAACUGAAAAAGAUGGCAUGGAUGCAAGAGACGGAGCUGCCUCUCCGCAGUUGAGCAUUAAUCAACAAAAACCAAAAGGCAUAAAGAAAAUUUUCGGAAGGUUAAAACGUAGUGGUUCUGGCAGCUUGGACGAACUGGUAGCUGGGGACGGAAAUGAAUUCCAGAGAGGAGGCGUCAGGGCAACAACUGGAGGUCGGCUUGGCUGGUCCAGAGACUUGACCUCAGAAUUCCCUCAGCGCAGUGUUGUUCCUGAUCUGCCACUAUGUGAAUGGGACACUGACACGGUUUGCGGGUGGCUUCUUGAAAUGGGACUGGAAGCUUAUGUGCCAGAAGCAAGACGCUUCGUUAAGGACGGUAAACACUUGGCAGCUUGCACCAAUCACGAUUUGGAUAAAGAACUUGGCAUUAAGAACACGUUUCAUAGAAAGAAGCUGCAGUUGUCGAUAGCAGCCAUUGGCAGCUCAAAUCCUUCCCCUCCCGACAUCCAGCUGCUGUCCAAGGCGGCCUCUCUUGAUGGCGCCUGGGUGCUUCGGUGGCUGGAUGACAUUGGUCUUCCUCAGCACAAAGAUGCAUUUUUGGCGGCCCGCAUUGACGGCGCCGUUCUUCACCGACUGACCACUGAAGAUUUAGUUGCACUUCACAUCACCAGCUGCCUGCAGGCUGCCAGCUUUAAAAGGGGCAUCCAAGUCCUCCGUGAAAAUGAAUUUAAUCCCAACUGCUUAAUAAGGAGAUCGAGCCCUGAGGACCAAGGCGUCUCUACGGUGCUAGAGGUGUCCCUGUGGACCAACCACAGAGUUAUGGAGUGGCUCCGUGCUGUCGAUUUGGCAGAAUAUGCGCCAAAUAUGAGAGGAUCAGGAGUGCACGGUGCUCUUAUGGUGCAUGAACCAAAAUUCACCGCUGAGCUUUUGGCGUCUUUGUUGGCGAUCCCUCCGAACAAGACGCUCCUUCGAAGGCACCUGAGCACCCAUUUCCAAGAACUGGUCGGUCGAGACAAGAUCAGUGAAAAGCGGCAGAUCGAAGCUCAGCCUGGAUUUGUGCCACUCACAGCUACUUCCAAACUCAAACCCUCGAAAAAGAGCCAAUUUACGCUGAAGAAAAAGAAGAUUCGUGCCGAAAUGGAGUUGGACGACCUUGUGUGUCCCUUGGACUCAGAGAGCAGACCAGGUGAACGACUCAGUUCCAUGUCUGAUCAGGCUCAUCAAAGGGUUCCCGCGGACGCAGCUGCCUCUCCGGCGGGGAGCAUGAGUAAUUCUGGUUCUGACAGGAUGAGUUACGUGUAAAUCAAAAUUUACAACUGUAAAGAAAAUAUUUAUGACUGCCAUGGAUACCUAUUCACCAUUGCCACUUUGAAUUGACAAUAUUUACUAUGGCAUCUUAAUUGGAGAUAAUAAAAAUAUUAACAUGUUAACCUUUUCACUCAUUUAACUUCCAUGUUAACCGUGUUUUGGAUGAAAUACAAUAAAAAACGAAAUUCAUAUUUUCUGACAGCAUCAGCAUAACAUUGAA